AUGCAUGCUCUCAAUGCCCAAACUAUUCCAGUAUUCACUAACUCGCGAGCAUCUGUCUCUCUGCCUUGCGGUAUCGACCACACCAACCGACGGACCCUCCCAGCCCAGCGAAACUGCUUGUCCAGGAUGUUGCUGCCUACGCUCAGGAGGCCACCAGCGCAGAAUCCCCUUCCAGCCCCCUUCCAGCCCCCUUCCAGCCCCCUUCCAGCCCCCUUCCAGCCCCCUUCCAGCCCCCUUCCAGCCCCCUUCCAGCCCCCUUCCAGCCCCCUUCCAGCCCCCUUCCAGCCCCCUUCCAGCCCCCUUCCAGCCCCCUUCCAGCCCCUUCGCUCCAGCACGACCAGAAAGACGUCGGUCUGCACUCACGUAGACUCAGCUGCUCGUCUGGGACUCGACUCUCAUCCUGGAGGGAGCUUCGGUGAACAACCAAAGGCGAAGGUUGCCGUCUUCGUCUGGGGCCCACCUGGGCAUGCUACCUGCCGCCGCGUGUCCGGUUCGGCUCCAGCACUUUGA